ACUGAGAGAAAUGUCAUGAUCAAGGUUUACUUUGAAAUGGGAUUAAUAUAUUCAGAUAUCCUACGCGCAUUGGCACAGUAUCAUCAAACGGUAAUAAGUGAAAGACACUUAAAGCGUAUUUUGAAGGGUAUGGGACUGUCACGGCGAAAGGAUUACAGUGACAUCAAUGAUGUCAUUCGCUUCGUUGAGCACCAGUUAAAUGAGUCAGGCAAGCAACAUGGCUAUCGCUGGAUGGCACAGAAGUGUAAAGUCAGCGGACUAAAAAGUACACAGGAAGAAGUCCGCAUCAUUCUUCGCAUGCUUGAUCCAGCGGGAACACAGCAAAGAAAAGGGCGGCGCCUCCUAAGACGAUCGUACAUUUCCAAAGGUCCAAACUUUUUAUGGCAUUUUGAUUCAUAUGACAAACUAAAACGCUUCGGAUUUUGCAUAAAUGGAUGUGUUGAUGGGUUCUCCAGGUAUAUUGUCUGGCUGAAUUGUUACAUCACAAGUAGCAAUCCAAGAGUAGUUGGCAGUUACUUCAUGGAAGCCAUCUCAUCACUGGGUGGAUGUCCUUUGGUGAUACGAGGUGACCUUGGAACUGAGAAUGUAUUUGUGCGUCUGUUCCAAAGGUAUCUUCGGCGCAAUGACAAUGACAACAGGGCAGGUGAAAAGAGCUAUCUGGAAGGUCCCAGUACAGCUAACCAACGAAUAGAGUAUAUGUGGAACUUCCUGCGCAGGGAGUGCACUGACUUCUGGAUUUGUCUCUUCCGGGACAUUGAAGCUGCGGGUGAUUUUGACGGGGGAUUCUUGGAUGUUGGUCUGUUGCAGUAUUGCUUCAUGCACCUCGUGCAGAGGGAUCUGGAUGCUAUUUUGGAGACGUGGAACAGUCAUCGGAUUCGACAGGUGCACAAUUCAAGAAGCCCCAGUGGACGUCCUUUGAUACUAUACUCACUGCCUGGUUUAUAUGGCACCCAUGACUACAUCUGCCAAGUUUCAGAUGCAGACGUGGAACUCUGCAAGCAGGAGUGCACAUUUCGACAGCCUUUACCAUGUGAUGCAGAUGUGUUUGAAAUGUGUUCAUGUAUCAUGAAUGAAAACGAUUUGGACUACCCAACCAGUACUGAUGAGGCACUAGAUUUGUAUCGAACAUUGAGAAGGGCAUCACAGAUUUUUCUGACCAAUUGAUUAUGAUAAAUGUUACACUCUUGGUCCAAUUCAUCUUCACAGAGGAGCACUUGUCAUCCUACUUCCCAUCCUCAAAAUAAUUGUAAAUGCAUACAAAUAAAAGCAAUAUACAUGUAGUUUUCUAAUGUGCGCCUCAUAAUUUGCAAAGAUGAAAUCUGAUUUAGUGCGACAUACCUCUACAUUAUUUGAAAGUUCAAAACUCAUCUCUAGAUCAGUGCUUGGCGACUACAACUAGCUUUCGAAUGAAAUUCUAAGCAAGACCAUCCCCAAGAUAGGCCUAUGGAGUAAGAAGCAUGCAAUUUUUUUAAAAAGUUUACCCGAAAGAUGUUUUGAACAAUUAAGUAUAUCUACUAAUGGCUUAAGCCGUGUUUGUUUGGGCUUUCUUUAUGCAUGAGCCUUACAGACUCGCAAAUAAAGAAAAG